AGCUUGUUGACAACUAUUUGCUUUCCCAACCCUUCCUGUUCCUAUAAUCCUAUUCUUUCUUUGCUAUAAAUAACAAUCCCUAGCUUCCUCUCCUUCCCUGCUAUUAAACCCUUCUACUCCCCAGCAACCCACAUAAAACCUGCAAUUCAUCUUGUAAACUAAAGCUUUGGUGAAUCAAUAAAAAAAGAAAGAACUGAACAUGGGUUAUUUGGAUCAUAUCUCAGACCUGUGUUCUGUUACCAGUACAAGAAACAGCAAACGCAAAACUAUGGAGACAGUUGAGAUCAAGGUGAAGAUGGACUGUGAUGGCUGUGAAAGAAGAGUCCGGAAUGCUGUUUCUUCUCUAUCAGGCGUGAAAUCGGUAGAUGUAAACCGUAAGCAAAGUCGAGUAACAGUGACGGGUUAUGUGGAGCCAAACAAGGUGUUAAAGAAAGUCAAGAGCACUGGGAAGAGAGCUGAAAUGUGGCCAUACAUACCCUACAAUCUUGUAAGUUACCCGUAUGCUCCUCAGGCGUACGACAAAAAAGCCCCAUCUGGCUAUGUUAAGAAUGUGGUUCAAGCAUUUCAUGCCCCCGAUACUACUCCUUCCGAGAGCUUGACCACCCUUUUCAGUGACGAAAAUCCAAACGCAUGUUCGGUUAUGUGAAAAAUUAAUGGCACCAAAAUCAGAAGUUGUCCUAUAUCUUGACUAAUUACAUGCACCUAGCUUGGGCAUGGGUAGUGUAAUUAGGGAUAGAAUUUUUGGUACACCUAGAAUUGAGCUUCAUUUCUUGAAUGAAUUAAUGUUGUUACAAAACAUUGGUUGUAAUGGUGUUUGGUUAGAUUAAUACAUAUAACUAUAAUUCUGAAGAGCAA